AUGGGAAUCACACUCUCUCAGUUUUUCAAAAGUAUGAGUGAUCUUUAUCGUUCUUUCUCCAAUCGUGAAGCUCGUAUCCUCAUGGUAGGGCUUGAUGCAGCUGGAAAAACCACCAUUCUGUACAAACUCAAGCUAAACGAGACGGUAAGCACCAUUCCUACAAUUGGAUUCAAUGUGGAGACUGUGAGCCCAUGCAAGGGUGUCACGUUCACCGUCUGGGAUGUCGGAGGCCAAGAGAAGAUCAGACCAUUGUGGCGCCACUAUUUCCAGAACACACAGGGCUUGAUAUUCGUGGUAGACAGCUCUGAUUUGGAGCGAAUGUCAGAAGCCCGGCAAGAACUUUUUAGCGUCCUUGAAAGUGUUGAAAUGGAACGUGUGCCUGUGGUUGUCAUCGCCAACAAGCAAGAUCUUCCGAGAGCCCUCAAGGCGCACGAGAUUGCUCAACAGCUGUCCCUCUUGCAGCAUAAAGCGAACCCAUGGCAUGUUCAAGAAACCUGUGCUAAGAAUGGCGAGGGUAUAUACGAAGCUAUGCACAAGCUGAGCGACAUGGUCAAGGAAUUUGAAAAAAGUUCAAGAAAAUACUGA